UAAAACUCCACUGAAGAGAAAGAAAGAUAUGAGUUGCGUUUACAGGCCUGUUAGAGGAAGAAAGAUAGCUUGCUGCAGGGAGUGACAGACAUGUAGAGGGAAACUCAGUGGAAUAUAAAAGGGACAGUGACACUAGGAAAGAGGUAAAUAGAACAGAACUGUCAAACUAAAAACAGUGGCACACAAUACCACCACACAGAUGAGUGUAGAGCUGCACGAAUCCUGUCGCAGUUUCCUGUCCUGUGUGUAUGACAGAGUGUGUUUGGAAGAAAAUGUCUGUGUAGCUCUCUGAUCCUGAUCAGAACCCACAUACACACACAAACACUCUCAUCUCAUCAGCACUGCCAAUCAGACAGAGGGGAGGCGUAGAAAUAUUUUAGCCAGCAAGUGAACACAUCCGCUGCACAACUUUGAAGAAGAAAAGCGAUACAGUAUUUUGCUCAUAAGAUCAUCCUCGGCCCUUUCUCUAUCUGUUCUGAGGACAGAAUGAUGCUGGGUUGGAUACUAAUAUCUCUGCUUCUCCAAUUUCUCAAAGCACAAGGAAGCCCCAUGGUAAUUUACGCACAGGAAGGAGGGACUGUUACUCUACCCAGAGAUAAAACGGUAACUGCAGAGAAUGUUUAUGUGAACUGGUACUAUGGGUCAGAGGUUAAAGCAGAAGUCAUCAGCAGGAACCCUCAGAGAGGGAUCCAAAAGGGGACCUGGACGCGUGCCUCUCUGUUACCGGAUUUCUCUCUAAAAAUUUCACCAGUGCAGGAUUCUGAUUUUGAAAUUUUCCACUGUGAACAACAUGUAUUGAAGGAUACUUAUACCAAGACCUACAAACUGUACCGCGUGUCUAUACUCAAAGUGCCGGCUGUGAUAUUUGGUGACACUCUGUCUCUAAAUUGUGAAGCGGAAAGCAGUUCGGUUCCGACCACUGUAACUUGGAGUCCACCUAAAAACUCAGAAUGUGAACGUGAGAUUACGUCUUACAGUGGAAACACAAUUUCGGUUAAAGAUGUGUCCAGGUGCGCCGGUGGUGUUUGGACAUGCGAGGUGAAGUAUGAAAAGAAAAAAGCAGAAGCAACAACAAGUGUUUCUGUAAUAGAUCUUGCCCCUUCUCCACCAGAUCCCAUUUAUACAUAUGUCUCCUAUUCAUACCCCAACUCUACAGUUGACAUCCCUUGUUCUUUGUCCUCUAACAUCCCCUGGGCCGUUGUAACUGACUGUGGCCUCCAGGGGGUUAGCUGGAGCUUCACUCCUCGCAGUGACCAAAACCAGCAGCUUGCAGAAUCUCUUCUCAGCCUAAGUGUUCACCCGAAGACUACAUGGAACAUCACAAUGGGUGCACAAAUUACUGUCCAGGGACGAGAGUUAAAAGACCAGGAUCUAUCAAUUCAUAAGCUGCCUGUAUCGGAGAAGAUUAGAGGGGAGUUCACCUGUAGUCUGAAAUUCAUGAAUAAGAUCCUCAGCAGGAAGGUGCAAGUGGAGGUUCUGCAGGUGUACUCUUCUCCGGGUUCUUCAUUAUCUGAAGGCCAAAGGGUGAAUCUGACAUGCACAUUAGGGCAUCCUAUGACCUCUGACCUCGAGGUGAAAUGGAAAUGUCCAUCUUGCUCCACUCUUCCAUCACUUAGCUCCUCUCCUCACCCUGCUUCUCUGUCCAUCCCUGAAGUGAGAGUGGAGAACAGAGGGAAAUGGAGAUGUGAACUCUGGAAAAAUGAGAAGAUGCUGACAUCUGCUGAACUAUUCCUGAAGAUUGAGAAAGUUUCGAUGGACAUCUGGCUUUGGGUUGCCAUCAGCAGUGGAGCUGUUGUCUUCAUCUUGCUCCUUGUUAUCGUCAUCAUUGUCAUUCGCAGACACAAACAGAUGAUAAUGUACAGACGACACAAGACCAAGUUCUGCUGCUGUAAAAAUCCCCAAACAAAAGGAUUCUACAAGACCUGAGGAUCCUCUGCUUUUUAUAUUUAUAACUGAUGUUACAAAUAGCCAUGUUGAUGUAUAGCUGUCUGAGUUAAACUUCCCAUUCCAGUGACUGCAUUCAUAUUGCAGAUUACCUUCCUUAUUUAUCUCCCUAAUGCUCUGAAUGGUCUAUUACAUUUAUACAUAAUAAUUUUUUUUUUUGCUUUUCUGUUAAUUCUUAAUAUGAAAAAAAUAAAUAAAAAAUUACUCAUAAUGUACAAUAAAAUACUAUAUGAAAA